AUGCGACGUUUUAUGAGGGUCGUAGGGUCAUGGAGUCCUGUGCUGUCGUGGGAGGCAGCACCUGGUGCUAGCAGAGUGAGACAAGCCAUCAAGCCCAUCUACCUCUUCGAGUCGACGAUCCGGACAUGGCUCGUCCAUGCACCGAGGGUGCUGUCCAAGCGCUUCCCUUCUUUCAACCGUACCAUUAGCUUGCUCUUCAUGUACAUGAUGUUUCAAGUGCUGGCCAUCCUAGGCGCCUUCCUGCUCAACGCCAUCUGCAGCGUCACCCUGGACAUUUCGGGACUGGCCGCGAAGCACGCCUUCGACUUCUCGCUGAAUCGGUCCAUCGCGCACGGCUUCGCCACGUUUUACGUCACGUACUCCACCAUCCGUGUGUUUGUGCGGUUCGGGCAAGCGAUCGGCGUGAUCGCCUGGGAGUCCCUCGACGACUUCCCCGACGCCCGAAAGAUCGUCAACCACGCCACCUCCCAGUGGCCGAUGUUCAUCUUCAUCGUCUUCAUCCCCCAGUGCCUGAUGGCGCUUUCGCUCGUGGGAACUCCCUGGCUGUGCAAGGGCGUCGCCGUACCCGAGAGGGUGGGGGGCGUGUUCCACCGGGACCCCGGCAUUAGCCAGGCGUUUCCCUUUCACCUCAAGUGGCAGAGCUUUUUGGAGGCGGCGAGGCAGGACGGUCUCGCCGAUCGCCUGCAGAGCUUCGUGUGCGUGCGAACCCCCCUGCUGUACCUGACGAGACCAUAUCCUAACCCGAGAAGGACAAUGUCGGCGGUGCUCGUGGUGGGGCUCGUGCAGUACGUGCAGGUAUUUGGAUUGCUGGACAUGAACACGGAAGACGGGCGAGAUCUGCCGGUCAUGCAGCACGGGACGGGUUGGAGCACUGUAACAUGUAGUUCUGACUGCGUGCAGGUCGCCAUAGACGUGUUGACCGCACUACACCGGAACCCCACGUUGUACUGUUCCGGGCAACACUGCUGGAGGUCACCGCGCGUGUACGAGAGUUUUCUAAAUAGACGUUGA